AUGGACACUAUGACGUUACGUCGCAAAGACACGACCAAGGGCCCUCCGUUGAGGGUUCUGUCGUUAGAUGGAGGUGGCGUUCGAGGAUACUCGAUGCUCAUCAUUCUCCAGGAACUCAUGUACCGCAUCUACGUCGAGACUGAGGGCAAACCCCCGCGCCGAGACCAGAUCCCCAAACCCUGCGACCACUUCGACCUCAUCGCCGGCACCGGCACGGGCGGCCUCAUAGCCCUCAUGCUGGGUCGGCUACGACUCGACCUGGAAACCUGCAAGGAAGUCUACGUGCGCAUGACCCGUCGCGUCUUCGAGACCGACAAGACCAUCGCCGGCAUCCCCUACCGCUCGACCUUGUUCAAGGCGUCCAAACUAGAGGAGGCGAUCCGGGAAUGUGUCCGGGAACAUACGGUAUUCGAGGCCGAGGGGAAUGAUCUGCCCAAUGCCAGCUCGCGCAGCUCCGUCGCCAGCGCGCCAUACAGUCCCGCGGCGAUUCCGCAGCGCUCCGUGAGUAGAGGCAGUUUCAGCACGUCUGGCGCUUCGCAUCCCUCGACGCCGAUCAGUCAGCGACAUUCAGCUAUCAUCAACGGGCUACGAUGGGGGAACCCGGAUGCUCUACUCUACGAUAAUCGGGAAAAUCGGACAAAAACUGCUGUGACGGCGUUAUACAAAGGCACCCCCCGCAACGGAUCCGCGGUGCUGCUGCGAUCGUACGACUCGCGCAAAGAACCUCCUCCCGAAUUCAACUGCACUAUCUGGCAAGCCGGCCGUGCCACCUCGGCGACAGGUCUGGCGUUUAAGCCAAUUCAAAUCGGACAGCAUCUCUUUAUCGAUGAGGGUGCGGGUACAUAUAAUCCGGCGCCGCAGAUCCUGGAUGAAGCGGCUGUCAACGAGUGGCCCGGGCGAGAAAUCGGGGUGUUUAUCAGCGUGGGCACCGGCAAGCGUCCGCCAGGCACGAACAAUCGGCAGCAUGAGUGGUGGGAAGAUUUCUUUGGCGAUGCUCUUGGCACAUUUGCCGAGGCGCGACGACGACUGAUCGCUAAGAUCGAGGGUUGCGAGGAGAUCCAUCAGGAGAUGCUUCGCACCCACCUGGCCAAGCGCGGAGUGAACAAGGACAACUACUACCGGAUGAAUGUCGAGGUCGGCGUGGGUGAGUUUGGCAUGAACGAGUGGAACCGACUGGCCGACAUCAGCACCAAUACCCGACGCUACUUGUCCAAGCCAGAAGUCAAGAAAAGCAUCAUGGACGCCGGGGUCAAGUUCGCAAAGAUCGAGCGCAUGCACCGGCGACUGGCUGCGCAUGCGGCCGCUGGAUAUGAUCCUUCCACAGAGCCAACGGAAGAUGCGCCAUUCUCGCCUCAGAGCUACACUUCGCAAGGACCAGUAUUUUCCGUUCCGCCACCCUCCAACCCCAUGGCGGUGGAGUUGCCCGCAGAGCUACCUGGCGACUUUGCACCCAUCAUGACACAUCAGCCUCCGUCGAGCGGCUUACGAGUUCCGUCCCCUCCGGCUGAGGAUACGCUGCCACCACAUCCGACCCCGCAGGAUGGCGUUUAUCCUUCGUCAGGUCGGGUUUCCAGCGGUAGCUUCAGUUAUACUCACAGCGACGGGAGUCGGCCCGGCUCGCAGCAACAAAUGGCGUCGCCUCGGCUGAGCGUGGAGCAGGUGCAGGUGCAGGAGAGUAACCUGCCACCUCCAGUGCCGCCAAAGACCCCGAUUCCGUAUCCUGAUAAUGCGAACGAGGCACUGAUGCCGAUGCCCUUGAUGGUGCAUCAUGGUCGGAAUGGGUCAACUGGGAAGGUCCGCCCGCCAUAUCCCGUUGACGAGCCUCCUCCAGCGGUGAACAAGCAGCGGAAACCCAGUUAUCAUGUGCGAUGA